AUAAGCCACUGCUUAACCUCUGCAGAUUUUCACCAUUCACAAGAGAUUUUAAGAACCCCUGUAAGAUGAUUUUCUUAUGGAUUUUAUGGAUGAGUGUGGCAGUCCAGUCAAAAAGUCUGAUGUUCCAGCCUUUGGAUUGUGCGGAUAUUUAUAACGACAGUACUUACACAAAUGGAGUGUACAUGAUCUACACUGCAGGUCCCACCUCUGGCCGCUACGUGUACUGUGACAUGUACACUGAUGGCGGGAAAUGGACUGUGUUUCAGAGAAGAAUGGAUGGCACAGUGAACUUCUUCAGAGGAUGGGAUCAGUACAAGAAUGGCUUUGGGCAUGCAGCUGGAGAAUACUGGCUGGGACUGGAGACUAUUCAUCAUCUCACCCUGAAGAAGAACUAUGAGCUAAGAGUAGAUGUGGAGGACUUUGAUGGAAAUAAGGUCUAUGCCAAAUACACAUCCUUCAGCAUUUCUCCAAUGGCUGUUAAUGCAGAACUGGACGGCUACAGAUUGGCGGUGUCUGGUUUUCAAGAUGGUGGUGCAGGAGACUCCUUAUCCUACCACAAUGAAUCAAAGUUCUCAACCUUUGACAGAGACCAGGAUUUGAAUGAGGGCAACUGUGCCGUUUUAUUUGCUGGAGCGUACUGGUACAACUCCUGCUACUUAUCUAAUACCAAUGGACUCUACACAUGGGGAAAAGACUCACAGCUUGGUGUCAACUGGAGGUCCUGGAAAGGCUUUAUUUCAGUAAAAAGCAUCACUAUGAUGAUGAGGCCGGUUCAUUUGACCUGACCACUAAGAAUGUCAUAAAAUUGUAAAAAUGCUGUCCAAGACACCUUGACUAUUAUAUUUACUAAAGGUAGUGAGGGACCAUAUCUGAUCCUAAUGAUACCUUCCUAAAGUAAUACUUUCAAUAAGUGUACUAGUAAGUAAUUAAAAGCUUUUUUUUUCAAGUGGUGUCUGCAUACUUUUGGCCAUAUGGUGUACAUACAGUAUAGCCCAGCAUUUUCAUAUUGGAGCAGUGUUAGUGAAUAUGAAAAAUUGACUGCAACUUCCAAAAUGCAGCACUACUUAUCAUUCGAAGAUUCUUAGCUUUACAAAUGGUUACAGACACAACCCCUGUAUAUACAGUGGAAAGAAGCUGUGGCAGUAAUGAAAACCUAAAUUACACUAUUAUAUCUCUUUCAUUCCAUACUCUCAUUUUUUAUUCUAAUUAAAGAAGCUGACCAAAUUCAUUUUAGUGUUUCCAUCAACAACAAAAUAAAUGAAUAAAAAUCAGUUACUAAGAUAAUGAAUCAGAAUCACAGUUUAUUAGGUUCAACAUUUUUCCCUAAUUAAAUUAGACACAUAUUUUAUGUCACUAAUAGGGAUGUAACGAUACACUCUACCUACGAUGUGAUGCGAUUCACGAUACUGGGUUCACGAUAUGAUUUUUUCCUGAUUUUUUAAACAAAAUGAAAUUGAAGACAAAUUAGGACAAAGUUUCCUUUUAUUAUUUCUCUUUUAAAAAAUAAAAUAAAAUACUGUA